AUGACGGUGUCGAAAAAGAAAAUAGUUACAACUGGUGACAAUAAUAUACCAGUUGAAGAAGAAAAUGAAUCUCACUCAAACUCAAUGCUUACUGAUGUUCAACCAUGUUGUAGCAGAAAAUCUAAUGUUAUUGAUACGAAUACAUCAUUGACCGAUACUAGGGACAAAAAUGAAUCAUGUUCUGAUACUGAUGUAACGGAUUUAGGUAAUUUGAUAUCUGGACCUAUGCAGCCAUUAUUAAAGGCUUAUCCUGUAACACAAUUUAGCAAACAAAAUAGAGCUUUCUCUGCUACUUAUUUUAAAAAAUUUGACUGGCUAGAGUAUAGUGUCAAAAAUAAUGCUAUUUAUUGCUUUGCUUGUCGCAAUUUCAUCUCUAAUAGUGCAAAUAAUGAUGAUACAUUUGUAACAAUCGGUUUUAGUAAUUGGAAAAAACUUUGUGGUAGCAGAGGUAUCCAAAAAAGCAAGCAGUCUAAAUUAGAAGCUCAUGCAUCUACAAAAUCCCAUAUAACUUGUGCUGCAAAAUGGUCUGCUUUUAAAUCAAGUAAAGUUACUGGAAGUGUAAUUUCUCAGAUAUCCAGUGCUAAUAAAAACUUAAUUGUGCAAAAUAGAAUAUAUAUCAAAACUAUAAUUGAUAUUGUAUUGUACUUAUCGCGUCAAGGGAUGGCAUUUAGAGGGCACAAUGAAAAUAUAUCAUCUAUCAAUCAAGGAAACUUCAAAGAGGCCUGUAGACUUUUUGCAAAGUAUAAUCCUGAGUUUUCUCUUAUACAUGCUAAAACAACUAAUUAUACCAGUUGGUAUAUUCAAAAUGAUAUCGGAGAGAUUUGUUCCAAAAAUGUAAGAGAUGUAAUUGUUAAUGAAAUCAAAGAAAGUAAUAUGUAUGCAAUUAUGUGUGAUGAAGCCAGGUGUUUCAAAGAAGAACAAUUGGCAUUCUGUGUCCGAUAUCCAAAAGGUUUAACUGUCAAUGAGAGGUUCCUUGGAUUUAUUGAUGUGUCCAAAAGUCAAAAAGCUGAGGCUUUAGCUUCUAAAAUUUUUGAAUUUAUCGAUUCAUUAAAUUUAAAUUCCAUUCCUAUUGUUGCUCAGUCUUACGAUGGCGCAGCUGUAAUGUCUGGAUGUAAAAAUGGUCUACAGACAAAAAUAAGACAAAAGCACCCAGAAGCCAUUUAUGUUCAUUGCAUGGCUCACAAAUUGAAUCUUGUGGUUGUUGAUACUUGUAUUUUAGCCACAUUACAAAAAGGACCAUUUAUUAUUUACUUGUUUAUACUACACCAAGUUUUAGUUGUUAUAAAUGUGCUUAGCAAUCAACUACAGCAAAAAUCAGCUACGCUUGGAAAUACUGCAACGACAGUAGUAGGAGUUAUAAAAGCAUUUGAACAAAAAAGAUGUGGAGAAGAAUUUACCAAAUUAUGGUUAGAAAUACAAAGCUUUGCUAACAAACACAGUAUUUCACUGGUUAUUCCAUCUCAAGGAUCAAAAAGAAAAAAAACUGUACCAAAUUCAUUCGAAAAUUUCUACUUAACAACUACUUCUAGUUUCGAAUCUGCUGCAAAUGUAAAUGAUGCAAAUUGUUCUGUAGAAGAAUUUUGGCUCAUUAAUGGAUAUUAUGUAGUACUAGAUAGCUUAAUUUUAAACAUGAACGACAGAUUUUCUGCAGAAAGCUUAAAAUUAGCAGUGUCAGUUGAUCAAUUAUUUAAGAUGAACUUUGAAAACAGCAUGAAUUUUUUUGAUCAUUUUAUGAGACUAACAGGAAGCUGUAAAAAAUCAUUAGAAGCUGAGAUGACCGUUGCUAAAUCUUGCUUACUAGCGAAAAAUGUAAAUUUUGAUAUAACAGACGUGAUUGAGCUUAUUAGUCCAUCAGUAUAUCCUAACCUGUACAAAUACUUGCAACUCGCGACAACGAUACCCAUCAGCUCAGCUACAUGCGAACGAUCAUUUAGUGACAUGAGAAGGGUGAAAACUUGGUUGAGGUCAACUAUGGAUCAGACUAGGUUCUCAACUCUAUCUAUUCUACAUAUUGAGAGGGAUUUAUCUAAUAAUAUAAAUACAGAAGAUAUUUUAAAUGUAUUUGCCGAAAAAGAACGAAGAAUUUUGUUAAAAUAA